AUGGAGAAUUUCAUCAAGAGCAGUGAAGCCAUUCCACCAACGCCUCACAGCCUAUACAGUGGCCAAUACCAACAUCCAGGCAUUGAGAAGCGACCCAUGAAUAUGGCAUACCCCGAAACAAUCGAAAUGACCAAUUUGAGUACUGCUCAAGCUGGAAAUGGGCCUCCACAUGAAGACAAUGCAAAUGGACUGCGAAACAGACUUCUGCCAGACCCGUUCGCGAACAACACGUUGGCAAGGCAAUUAAAACGACAUCAUAUCACCGGAAUAGCCUUCAGCGCGGCAGUCGGUAUUGGGCUCUUCCAGACUUCAGGCCAGAUCAUCACAGUCGGCGGCUCGGUCGGGGCUCUGGUGGCAUUCCUCUUUGCGGGUCUCGUCAUUCUAUCAGUGAUGCGUUCACUCGCAGAACUUAUCAGCGUCCGCCCGGUUCCUGACGCUUUAACGGACUUCCCUUCGGUAUUUGUAGACGAAGCUUUAGGUUUUGCAGUCGGUGUUGUAUACUGGCGAGUUGAAUGA